UAAAUAUGAUCAGAUGCUCUUGAUUUUAUUUUAAUUGGUGUUUAAACAUUGUCACUUUAGAUCCAUCGAGUAAAGCUUGAACAGAAAUCAUGAAAGUUACAAUUACCAUCAUCACUGUCGUUGCUUUUGCAACAUUGACCAGCGCAGCAUCAAAUGAAUUUGAACGACGUCUUUCAAGUUUACAAUCAACCCUUUCCUCAGCUUGGGAGAAGGCCUCUAACAAUGGAAAUGCAGGAAAAUUGAUUAACCAAGCUCUUAAGACUCUCAAGACCGCUUCCUUGGCUGGUGAAUCUGAUGCUGCCAAAAAAGCUAUUGCUCGAAUUGAAAGACUCGUCCCUUCUCUCGAUAACUUGAUCAACAAUGGUCCUUCUACUAGAGCAAGCUUAGUCUCAACUAUGACCUCUUUGGUUGGUGAACGAAAAGAACUUCUUACUUCUCUUUUAGACCAAACUUCAAAGCAGAUGGACAAAGAAGGUAACGGACCUUGGUCAGCUAUCCUCAAGGUUGCUACCGAUACUGUCAGAGACCAUGUUUUGAAAAAUGAAAAUAUCCGAAACAUGACUAACAAAGCAGCUGAUGCUUUGGACAUGAUUGAAGACGCUGUAGCACUUCUCAACAACUUCUCUGGUGGUUUACAUCCAACAUUAAACAUGGUUGCCAGUGCCAUUGAAACUUUAGAUGCUGCUUCAGACACUCUUCUUGACCGUGAAAAGGACGAUGACUCCAAGAACAUCAUUGUUUCAAAGGUUAUCGCUAUGCUUUACAAGUUGAAAAACACUCAAAACCAGGCUUCUUUUGAUGCUAUCAACAAGGUAUGCGCCAAAUUACAUACCGCUCAAGAUAAAUCAAAUUAAUUCAAGAUUAAUUGAUUCAACACCUAUCAUAAUAAUUACAAUAAAAGUGAUUCGUUAGUUACAUCA